AUGCAGUGAAAAUACUGUUAAUUUUUUGAGUUUCUACCUUUCUAUCUUCCCUUUUCCUCCUUUUUUUCUCCCAUAACAUUACGACGAAAAUUUGCUACCGUAAUCGACCUCAGUGGCCACGAGCGUGGCCGCUCCAGCUCAACACGAACUAUGACAGCAAAAAGAUAUGAUCACCCAGCAUCCAAUCUUAUAGUGAAAGAUGCCUUUUUCCAGCAUUCCAUCCUGAUUCCAUAACACCAUUAUGCUCCAGCACCAUCUACUACCGUAUCACCUCUACGGCCCCUAUACUCCCAAUUUCACCCUUCCAGAUUUAUGGGAGUAUCACCCUCGAGGACCUUUCGGCAUAAACGCUGGGAAACCCGCAAGAGUAGUCCUAGGUGUGGUGAUUGCGGUUGAUUUGGGGCGACAGGUGUUUCCACCGGGGAAAAUACACGCUUUAAAUGAAAAACUCUUUUCAGUUAGGAAAAACCCUCGAAAUAACACCACGGGAAUUACCAUCCACACGAGCAGUACAUUGGCGAAGCCGCUCAAACAAUUUCCUGGCUUUGGUUUGGUUCUUAAGCUUCGUUAA